UUCACGUGACACCAGCUGCUAAAUAACAACAAACUCAUUUUGAAAAGAAAGAUGUUGUUUAAACUAAGUUAUUGCUUGUGGUUUUAAAACUUCUGAAAUGUAAUGUUGUCAUUGGAGCCAUAUUAUUUAUUAUCGUCUAACCCGAUCUAAAUGGCGGAAAUGGCAGAAGAUGGCGGGAGAGGUUCCGAAAGUCCCAAAAGAAGAUGUACUUUGGCCUAUUUAGAUUUGGCAGAGGUACCACGUGAUUUAGCUGAGAAAUACGGGAGUCUAAUUGAAGAGUUGGAUCUCAGUAAUAACAAAGUUUCAGAUUUACGAUUUCUGUACGAUUUCCCAAAACUUUGCACUCUAAUUCUCGAUCACAACCUCAUCCACUCCCAAGUGAAGUUACCGCCCAUGCCACAGCUUCACACUCUGUGGUUGAAUCACAACAAAAUAAAAAUCUCGGUAAGUAUGUUUAUAUCGACGAUAGCAAAAACAUGUCCAAACCUCCGGUUUCUCUCCAUGAUGAACAACGAAGCUGCUCCCAGCUACUUUAAUGGCGGUUCUUACCAGCAGUAUGUCGACUUUAGAUAUUUUGUUAUCAGUAAACUUGCGUAUCUCCAGGUGCUGGAUGACAAACCAGUCUCACCUGAAGAACGGUCCGAGGCAGAACGGAUUUACAGGAUGCCGGUGAGGCGAACUAAAAAAGUAUCCAGUGGAAAUAAGAAGAAGAGAAAAGAAGAAAGAUAACUCUGGCCGUGGACACGAGUUUGCAUUUUGUUACUGUACAUUCGCACAUUUAUAAGUUAUUAAUUUAGUGUAUAUACAUGUAUAUUACAUUUUGUUAUAGUUACAAACCUGGGGCCUAAUUCACUAAACUCUCGCAACUUUGCGAUCUCGGAGUGCAGUGCUAAAAGACUUACAAAGAGGAUGUUUUGUUGUCUAGCAGAGCCUAAGAGACUGUUGUGAAUUAGGCCGCAGCUGUUAUACAAUUAACUCUAUUUUGAUGGGACGACGUUGCUAAAAAAAAUUGUUAUGCUUCGAUAAACCUCAGAAAAUGACAUCAAAUGAGAUACAUGUAUAAUUACAUAAGGUUGGACUAUACCAAUUCAAAUCCCAUAGGCGACCAUGUUA